UACUUCUGUGGUCCCUGUCGUCUGUGUGAUGUGCCAAUCUUUUGAACACAAUAAACUUAAAAUAAAUUAAUUCGUAAACCUGAGUAAAUUUAAAAUAACAUUCCAACCCUACACCUACCCUAGUCUUAUAAUCAUACAAUUAGAAUAACGCUUUUAAACUUAACACGUUAACAUGAACAUUUUCCAGAUAGAACAGAGAAAAUCAAAAAUAAAGGAAGAAAUAAAGAAAGAAAUAAUACAAAGUCUUAACAUUACAAUUGGUAGUGAUAUCCACAAUAUAUCUAGUGCAUAUGCAUUAGAAGCUGAAUUGAUGCGCAAAAAGACUUUGUUAAUAAGUAUUUUAAGUGCUUCAAGUGAUGAAGUGCCAACAAAAUUACCCUCAGCAAUUAAAAAAGCUGAACUAAACUCUACACAGAUAAACAGCAUCCAAACAAAAAGGGCACUGUUAAUGAAGAAAGUAGAAAGCUUUCUUUCUAAAACUGAACCUUUAACAAAUGAACUUGAAAAAAGGUUCAAAGCUAUAGGUAGAUUAGAAGAAGUGGUUUCUUAUUUUAAAUUAUACUCAAGGAUAGAGGAAUUAAGUAAUGAAAUGAAACAAUGCAAAGAUGAUGAACAACUGGUAGCAUUGUAUGGUGAAAUGAAGGAAAUGUGCAAUAAGCACCAAAAGACUCAUCAGGGUGCUUAUAUAAAGGAGUAUAAGCACUAUUGGCAUAAUGUUUUAAAGGACAAUCUUACAAUACAUUACGAAGAUGUGCUUAAACUAAUUAAAUGGCCACUAACAUCUGGCCCCGAGAAUUCGCCUCUGCCAAAGGAAGUAUUGAAUAAAUUUUCCAAUCUGACGAAGAAUUUGUUCCUUGUGCAAGAACCCAGCGAUGUAUUAGUUACUUCUAUAACUGGAGACUUCAUUCAGGGACAAGACCCAUGCCUUCCAGUGAGAGUUUUGCUACGUCCGUUGAAAAAACGUUUCGCAUUUCAUUUCACUGGACCAAGACAAACUGCCAGGAUUGAUCGUCCUGAAUGGUUCCUAACUCAGACUCUGACUUGGAUAAAGGAUCAUCAGGAAUUUGUCAAGAAUAAUGUGCAACCAAUCGCUGAAAAGUUGCAAAUAACAGGUGUUAAUGCAGUGGAUGAAUUCAAUGCAGGUUUGAUCGCAUUAGCAGCAGAAAGACUCCACACAGUAUUAGCAAUAUAUCAUACACAAGGUACGAAGGGAGAGAUGGGAAAUGUAGAUGCUGCUUUUGCCCAUGCUGUGGAUGAAACACUGGGAUUCCACAAAGAAUUAACUGCAAUAAGUGGCACGGAAGUGAACAGUGUUAUAUCUGUAUUGACUAAAGCAGAAACUUUUGUGCAUUGGCUGGCUGUUGAAAAGAAAUAUGCUCUAGCGAAAAUGGAUGAAACGCUUGGAAACGAGCAGUGGAUCGAACCGGUUGCGGCCGGAGUAGGAGCGGCAGUUGGUUCGGUGGUAUGGGUGCCGCGUGGCGCCGACUGGUUCAUAGCCUUGCUGAAAACCAUCGAGGACAGAUAUUCUAUGUUACCGCAACCAGGGCAUAGACUCCAAUUCCUAGAGCUUCAACUAGAGCUGAUAGAAGAGUGGCGUAUCAGAUUGACUCAGCUGCUUAACGCAGCAACGUCGACGUUGAAACCUGAGUCGUUCCUUGUGCCCAACCCACACCCACUUAUUGCAAUAAUCAAUGCGGGACAUCACACUCGAACAGUGCUAUUACAAUGGGCACAUUCUCUGCACUACCUUCAAUUGCACUACUACCGGCGUCAGUUCCAAUACUUCACGCACCAGCAACACACAGAUGACAGGAACAAAAGGAUGGAAGUCGACGACACUGAAUCUUCCACCACCAGCUUGGAUAGUGAUGAUGAAACCACUGAAGACACCACCAAACACGGAUACGCGGAAGCUGAAGGGGAGAUUGACGAAAGUAUAUCUUUGAAUGAAGUUGAAGAGAGUGCAAAGAUACUGGCCUUAAAGGAAGUGAAUAAGAGGAACUCUAUGGUACUGAAUCUAAGUCCACUGACCAUUAUUCCUCCAAUAGUGAACCUGGCUGUAGCAGAGCCUUUGGCAGAAGAAGAUACUGAGGAGGGCGGCGUAUUCGGAGACGCUCCGGCUUUGCAAGCUCAUCUGAGAGAUUCGGGCAUCGCUGCGCUCGUGGAACAUAUCAUGCUCGAAUUCAAGGCCACUAUACGCGAAUAUAAGAAGCAGCGGUGGCAUUCAAUGCUAACAAUGGAGCAGUUGGCGUUAAGUGUGUCGACGCCUUUGUGCGGACCUCUGUCGUCGUUGUGUGCAAGACUGUCUUGUGCCUCGUCAACUUUAGCGCCGCGUCUCGCCGUGAACCUUAGAUCCCGCCUCGCCGCUCACGUGGAUGAUUAUAUUUUCGAGGAGGUUGUAUUAGAGAGUUGGUUCAACACGGGAGGCACCUUGCAGAUCACGUACGAUGUGAAGAGAAACCUUGUGCCUGCGUUCGCGCCUACUAACACGUACACUUCGAAUAAGAAGCCGCUGCCAAAGCUAAUUGAGGCCUGCAAACUCCUGAACUUGGACUACGAAGUUGCGAGACACUUGAGCUCCCUAUUGGCAAAGCAACCUAAAGAAGCAGCUUGCACCCUCAGCAAUAGUGGUAUUACACACAUCGAUCCCGACCAAGUAGCCAGAAUCCUAAACCAGAGAACCGAUCUCAGUAGUGCGGCGACACAUACAUCGGUGAUGGAAUUAUUCUGAAGUUACGAAGGAGGUAGCCUCUAAAUGAUACAAAUAUCAUCGCACUUGAGUGUUUAGGCUGGUCUUAACUGUAUUCCUUUGAAUAUAUAUAUAGUUCUAUAUUAGUUUAUACAGACAAAUUGUUUAAUUAUUUUGACAUAUUUUUUUCAAA